GCGCUCUGAGGGAAGGUGGGCCGCAAGGUUGGCGGGGCCGACCCUCUAGCCCGGGCGGCCGCGGGGCAUACUGGGAGUUGUAGUUGAAUAUUGGUUUAGGGUUUAGGGCGUGGAGGCUCCGAAGUCCAAGGUUUGACUUCAGCCUGCCCUGCUAGUUCCCCCGCCACAGGCGAGCCGUUAUUGGCUGCCGUUAAGGACCGUUACCAUUCCCCGACAUGCAGACAUGCAGAGGUUGAAUGAACACUAACGACGUGAACUAGGAAGAGUGAUUAUAGCAGGUCCUUCUGAUGUUGGCUGCGGUAGACGGCUCUACCAGCAAGUUUGCCCUACUCUCCAGUGUGAUUCCCUGGCUCCUGGUUCCUAGUGUGGCUGACCUUCCUCUUUCCUGGGAAGAUGUUUCUGGUGGGCCUGACAGGGGGCAUUGCCUCAGGCAAGAGCUCUGUGAUCCAGGUGUUCCAUCAGCUAGGCUGUGUGGUGAUUGAUGUGGAUGUCAUUGCUCGGCACGUGGUCCAGCCAGGGUACCCCGCCCACCAGCGCAUUGUGGAGGCUUUUGGAACUGAGGUCUUGCUCCAGGAUGGUAACAUCAAUCGCAAGGUCCUAGGGGAUCUGAUCUUUAACCAGCCUGACCGGCGGCAGCUGCUCAACUCCAUCACCCACCCUGAGAUCCACAAGGAAAUGAUGAAGGAGACCUUCAAAUACUUCCUCUGUGGAUACCGCUAUGUGAUCCUGGAUAUCCCUCUCCUGUUCGAGACCAAGAAGCUGCUCAAGUACAUGAAGCACACGGUGGUAGUGUACUGUGACCGAGACACACAGCUGGCACGGCUGAUGAAACGGAACAACCUGAACCAAGAGGACGCAGAGGCACGCAUCAAGGCCCAGUUGCCCCUGAAGGACAAGGUCCGCAUGGCCAACCACGUGCUAGACAAUUCAGGCGAGUGGAGCAUCACCGAACACCAGGUCAUCCUCUUGCAUGCCAAGCUGGAGCGCUCCCUGGAGUACCUGCCGCUGAGGCUUGGGGUCCUCACAGGUUUGGCUGUCAUUGUCAGCCUCCUCUACCUGUUCAUCCGCUACCUUCUGCCUUCCCUCUAGCACAGUUUACCAAGGCAGGAAGCACCAGAUCUCCACCUCCUUGAAGGCUAACAUCAGGUACCAGGUGUUUACACACACAUACACAAUCACUCAAUCUGGGCCAGCCUCUGUGCUGGGCCAGCCCUUCUUUGGAGCGCAUCCUGUCUGAGGCCAAGAAGCAGCAGUUCUUCUUGCCCUCCCCAGUACCUCUCCGUCCACUUGCACUACUUACAAAACAGUAAAUAUCCAUGAAGGCAGGAAAUAAGCAUUAGAUUUACCGACGCCCAUGUAUGGUAGUGGGGAGCAGACUCUGUAGUCCUCACUAGUGGUUACAACUGGAAGGCAAGGGUUCCCUGGUCUUGAACUUUCUCUGAGCACCUGCCCCAUUGUGGCCAAAACUCCUUAGUAGACCAUGAUCUUUCUGGAUCAAGAGCUUCUCAAUUCAAACAGGGCUCUCUCCUGGAUGAAACCAUUGGCCAGGAUGAAGUAUAGAUCAUCUCAUGUGGAAUGCUGUGGCCAGGCAGAGGCAGGGUUCUUCUGGGAGACUCACCUCAUUGGGUUUUCUUCUAUGUUCCCCACACCCUGUCCACUGCCUCUUAGCCUUGAACUUUUGGUACUCCACAGGCCCCACAGUCUUACCUCUGUGCCUUCCUCCUGGAUGCUCCCUGGCCUGGUAUAUCUUUUUCUUCCCCUACAACUGUCUAACCCAACUCAGGCACUUUCUGAAGCCUCAGGCUGGGAUAAGUGCUCUGGGAUAGCACCAUCCCAUGUUUUACCUUAAUCCAUGGUAUGGUAAUUAGCCAGAAACUGGUUGGUUUCUCUUACUAGUCUGUAAGCCUCUUGAGGGCAGGGCUGGCUUACUCAUCUUUGCACCCUAGUGCUUGCCAU